CGGGAAAAAAAUUGUUGCAGUCGCAGUUGAAAAGUCCAAGAAAAAAGUGCUUUGAGCAGAAACAUUAAACAUCAAUUAAUACCAUUUAACAAUUUGUAUUAGUGUUAAUUUAAACAGCAUCACAAUGAUUAGAGCUGGCCUGUUGGCCAUUUUGGCAUUAAGCGUUUGUGGCAUUAUCAGUGCAACGCCCCUCGGUAGCCAGAAAUGCACCUGGGGACCUUCAUACUGGUGUGACAAUCUGAGCAAUUCAAAGGAAUGUCGAGCAACACGUCACUGUGUCCAGACUGUGUGGGUGAAUCGUGAGGUUCCAGUCGAUACGGGCUCGAUUUGUCAGAUAUGCAAGGAUAUGGUGACACAGGCUCGUGACCAAUUGCGCAGCAAUGAGACCGAGGAGGAGAUUAAGGAAGUCUUUGAGGGAUCAUGCAAAUUGAUUCCCAUCAAGCCUGUCCAGAAGGAAUGCAUAAUUGUGGCUGAUAAUUUCAUUCCCGAGCUGGUCGAAGCUUUGUCGUCGGAAAUGAAUCCCGAUCAAGUGUGCUCUGUGGCCGGUCUCUGUAAUAGCGCCAAGAUCGAUGAGCUGAUGAAAAAGAGCUACCAAUCGGUUUUGGAUGGCACCCUGACAGAUGACGACGAUGUGGAAGAGGUGACAAGUGUACAACUUAAGCCCAAUCUAUUAUCCUGCGGCAAUUGCAAUUUGUUGUCGAGCAUGAUCCAUCAUAAAUUUGAAACGACCAAUCGGGAUGAUAUGGUUGAGCAAUUGCUCCAUGUUUGCGGUAGUCUGUCCAGUUUCUCGGAUGCCUGUGCCAACAUUGUGUUGACCUACUUCAAUGAUAUCUAUGAUCAUGUCAAGGAGCACCUGAGCAACAAGGCCGUGUGCCAUUUGUCGGGAGUGUGUGCGGCCAAAUAUCAUCAGCAUGAAGACGAUGAGCCGGAGCCCGAACCUCUGGUGGCUUUAGAUGCUGGCGAUGAUAUUCCCUGUGAGCUGUGCGAACAGUUGGUCAAACAUCUUCGUGAUGUCCUUGUCGCUAAUACCACAGAGACGGAAUUCAAGCAAGUCUUGGAAGGAUUCUGCAAGCAAUCUCGCGGUUUCAAGAAUGAAUGCAUCAGCAUUGUGGAUGAGUACUAUCAUGUGAUCUACAGCUCAUUGGUGAACAAUUUGGAUGCCAAUGGAGCAUGCUUCCUUAUCGGCAUCUGCCCCAAGAAUCAGAAAAUCUUCAAUGAUGCUGCUCCCAUCAUGCCAUUGCUGCCAGUUGUGGAACCCGCCCAUGUUCAGGUGACCAUCAAGAAGCUUGGAGCCAAUGAACCCAAAUUUACUCAGGAUCAGAUUCUGAACAUGCAAUUGCCGAUUGACCAUCUGAUGGGUGCCGCCAAUCCCAGUCAGCUUGUGGAGGGUGGUGAACUCUGCACCAUCUGUGAGUACUUGCUGCACUUUAUUCAAGAAUCGCUGGCCACCCCGGCCACAGAUGACCAGAUCAAACACACUGUGGAGAACGUUUGCGGCAAGCUGCCACAAGGUGUUGCUGGGCAAUGUCGCAACUUCGUUGAGAUGUAUGGCGAUGCUGUGAUUGCUUUGCUUAUCCAAGGCCUAAAUCCACGCAGCGUUUGCCCAAUGAUGCAAAUGUGUCCACGCAACAUUGAAAAGGCAGAGGAUAUCGAGGUGUUCCACCCGGCUCCGUUGCCAAGCGAUCAACAGGAUCAACCCACAUGCCCAUUGUGUCUUUUUGCCGUCGAGCAGGCCCAGAUUAAAAUUCGUGACAACAAGUCCAAGGAAAACAUCAAGAAGGUUCUCGAUGGACUGUGCAGUCAUCUGCCCACGAAACUGAAAAGCGAAUGCGUUGAUUUCAUUGACACCUAUACAAACGAGCUUAUCGAUAUGCUGAUUACGGAUUUCAAGCCUCAGGAAAUAUGCGUGCAACUGAAACUUUGCCCCAAAUCCAAGAACAGGUUAAGUGACUUUGGUAUUAGCCUCGAGGAGGAAGACAAAUCAAGCAGCGAGGAGAUCUCCUUCAAUGAAAUUGGCUCCAGUGACGAAUUCCCCAUUGAGGUUUCGUUCAAAAAAGAUGUUAGUGGAGCACCCAAUUGCCUGCUCUGCAAGGAGUUGAUCAAGGAGCUGGAGAAGAAAUUGGGCCCUAAACCCAACAAGGCAGAUAUCGAGAAGGAACUAAGUCAAGUUUGUGAUAAAUUAAAGAAAGCGGCGUCCCAUCAAUGUCACAAAAUCGUUGAUAAAUAUGGUGAUAAGAUUGCUGAUCUCUUGAUUGCAGCAGAAGACCCUAAAUAUAUUUGCCUCGAACUCGGUUUCUGUCUGCUUAACGACGAAGAAGAUCUUGAAGUCGAUGAAGCUUUGAAAUACGACGUGAUUGCCCUGCCCCACGAGACCUCAACGAUCAAGGAUACACCCAGCUGUGUGCUCUGUGAAUUUGUAAUGACCAAAGUGGAAUCCGAAUUGAAGAACAAAUCCGACCAAGAGGAGAUAAAGAGUGUCUUGCUUCAAAUCUGCGAUCAUCUGCCCAACACAGUCCGCAAACAAUGUGAUAGCUUUGUCAAUGGCUAUGCAGCGGCCGUCAUUGAUCUGCUCAGCAAAGUGCCACCCAAGGAAGUCUGUCAGAAAUUAAUGCUCUGCAUGAAUCAAGCUGUUACCGAUGAGGUGAUCGAGUGUGGCGUUUGCCAUGGAGCCUCACAAGCCUUGUUGUCUCACAUCCGCUCACAAAAAGACAAAAAUGUUGAGCUGACCACUUUGGAUAUGACUGAGGUGGCUUGCGGUGAUUUGCCAGCCAAAUACUAUAGCAUUUGCUCCGAAAUGAUCUCGAUCUAUGGCAUCAGCAUCAAACAUUUGGCCGACAAACCUUACAUGGAUCAGUCCCAUGUGUGCUCUGAGAUUGGAAAGUGUUUCGACAAUGAGAAGUCUUCGCUUGCCUUUGCCAGAAUUACAGCUUAAGGAUUUGAACGAUUUCUGUGUGUGAGUGUGAUUCGCGGAAACCGCGUUGUGAUGUGUCGGGAAGAAGAUCCAGGCUUUAUAUAUAUACAUAACUAACUAUAAAUAUAUCUGUUUAUACGACAAUUACUUACAA